ACGAGGGGCGGUGCGUGCCCGCGCCUCAUCUCUAAAACGAGAGGUUUAAUAGUUAAGCGCUGCACACGUCGAUAGUGUUUAGCCGUAUUUAACAGCCUUCAGUGGUUAUAAUUGUUAGAUUUCCGGUCUCGCGGCGUGUUCGGGGCGCUAAACUGUUUAUUCUGAUUUAAGGGAAAGCGAAACAAAUCAACAUGAAUCCUUCGUGUAGCAGAUGUAACAAGGUGGUCUAUCCCACGGAGAAAGUAAACUGCCUAGACAAGUAUUGGCACAAAUUAUGUUUCAGCUGCGAGGUCUGCAAAAUGACUUUAAACAUGAAGAACUACAAAGGCUUCGAGAAGAAACCCUAUUGCAGCCAGCAUUACCCCAAGACGAGCUUCACCAGUGUGGCUGAUACUCCAGAGAAUCUCCGGCUCAAGCAGCAGAGCAAGAUGCAGAGCCAGGUGCUCUAUAAGGAGGAAUUUGAGAAGAACAAAGGCAAAGGCUUUAGUGCCGUGGCUGACACACCGGAGAUGCAAAGAAUUAAGAAAACUCAGGACCAGAUCAGCAACAUCAAGUAUCAUGAGGAUUUUGAGAAGAGCCGAAUGGGAGGCGACGGUCCUGAGAGCAACGCCAACAGAGGCUACCAGCCUACCAGCCCAACCAGCCCUCAGAAUUACAAAUUCGAGACCCAGCCUGCUCGCUCUGCUGCAGCUCCACCACCUUCUGGUGGCGGGAAGCGCUACAGAGCCAUCUACGACUAUGCAGCGGCUGACGAGGAUGAGGUUUCGUUUUCAGAUGGAGACAUGAUUCUGGAUGUGCAGCAGAUAGAUGAGGGAUGGAUGUUCGGCCGCGUGGAGCGCACAGGCCAGCAGGGCAUGCUACCCUCCAAUUACGUAGAGGCUAUAUGAGUGAGCCAGGUUGAAAGAAGGAAAAGAAUACAUGAGAAAGCGAUAUAUAUUUGAAUGACCUUGGUGCCAUCUCCAUUUACUUUUAUUUUCUUUUUUUCUCCUCCUUCCCAGUUAAUUUCACUAUUAGUUUAACAUUGUCUUAAUUAAACGCAAAAGAAAACUGAUCAGGCAUCUAAGCUUUGGCUUAUUUAGAUGGCGUGCUAAUAUGCUUAGAAGAAAGAAACUGCUCCUAUCAGUUGAAUGAGCAUUAUUGUUUUCAUUUUUUUUAUUUCCUUUUCCUUUUCCCAUGUGAACAGUGUUUGUUGGUUUUGUGCAUUGCUUUGCCCUUGUGCUGAAAAUUAUGGCUCAGAUUGUAUUCUGCCUUCAGCUUCAAAGACAUUGGUGAAAUGUUGAGAUGAGUUGUCAAGUUGUCUGUAAGGAUUAUUUGUUUUCCAGAAAUCAAAGUUAGGUGCUGCAGUGGCUGCUGGGAAAUGCAGUUUUAAUCAGCUGAAUGGUCAGACUCGUGACCAGCACUCAUUACUCAAUCAUUGUCUUAAUCAUGAGCUUGUUUUCUCAAGCACGCACGGCAGUUGGGUUGGUAAAGCCCUUUAGUUCCUUUUAUGCACUUUGAGGGAAAAAAAUACCAAAAAUAUAAUUGUUUUAUAUAAAAAAGAAUUUUAGAUAUGGUACAAUAAUUUCUUAAGUAUGUCAUCAUGAAAGAAUAAGAGAACUCCAGGUUUUAUUAGUAUAUAUAUUGGCAUAAAUGUGACAUAUAAUUCCACUGUUAUUUUGUAAAAAAUGAAAAAAAAAAAGAAAGCAUUCCAAUUCAUGAAUAUAUUCAAUAAUAAACUUGUGAUUAAACCAAAUUAAA